AUGGGUGCUAUCACUACAAUUACCUACUCUACAGCCUCGCUGGCUACCCUGGUCGGGCUAUACAUGCUCUUCCACAAUACCGGCGAAGAGUUCAACCCAGGCUACUUCCUCACCGAAACCUCCCCCUACUCCUGGGGCCUCCUCGGUAUCUCCCUCUGCAUCGGACUCUCCGUCGUUGGCGCCGCAUGGGGUAUCUUCAUCACUGGAUCGUCGAUUCUUGGAGGUGGAGUACGCGCACCGAAUAUCCAGACGAAGAAUUUGAUUUCGAUUAUUUUUUGUGAGGUUGUUGCUAUUUAUGGGGUUAUUAUGAGUAUUGUGUUCUCUGCUAAGCUCGCGUCGGUUCCUGAGACGGGGUUGUACUCGAAAGCAAACCUCUACACCGGGUACGCUCUUUUCUGGGGUGGUUUAACCGUGGGUCUGUGUAACCUCGCCUGUGGUGUCGCCGUUGGAAUCACUGGCUCCUCCGCCGCACUAGCUGACGCCCAAAACCCAAGUCUUUUCGUCAAGAUCUUGGUCGUGGAGAUCUUCGGAAGUGUUUUGGGGCUGUUCGGGUUGAUUAUCGGACUGUUAGUCACUGGCAAGGCUGGAGACUUUGCGGGUGUUGCGGCAUAA